GAGGGAAGGGGCAGGGCCUGUGAGUGCUGCCCACUGGGAAUGCACCCUUGCCACUAUCAGAGCAGGCAAAGCCGUAGCCAAGGGCACCCCAAGAGCAGCAGGGUGUGGAACGCAGUCCUGGCAACCCCUGGUGUUUGGGGGGGCGAUGGCCAGCGCUGAUAACUCGGCUCCGGAGCUCCCCCUGGGAUCAGUUGCCCACGAUGCCUUUGACCUCCAGCAGGGGAAACUAUAAAGCCCAGAGGAGGGCGUCUGGCCUCAGUCUGGACGUAGGGGGUGCAGGGAGGCACGAUGGCAGCGCUGCAGGAGAAGAAGACGUGCAGCCAGCGCAUGCAGGAGUUCCAGCACUACUGCUGGAACCCGGACACAGGGCAGAUGCUGGGCCGCACGCUGUCCCGGUGGGUGUGGAUCAGCCUGUACUACGUGGCGUUCUACGUUGUGAUGACCGGGCUCUUCGCCCUGUGCCUCUACGUGCUGAUGCAGACGGUUGACCCGUACACACCGGACUACCAAGACCAGCUACAGUCACCAGGGGUAACCUUAAGGCCAGAUGUUUAUGGGGAGAAAGGCCUGGAAAUCGUCUACAACGUCUCUGAUAACAGAACCUGGGCAGACCUCACACACAUUCUCCACACCUUCCUAGCAGGCUACUCUCCAGCAGCCCAGGAGGACAGCAUCAACUGCACCUCCGACCAGUACUUCUUCCAGGAGCGUUUCCUUGCUCCAAACCACACCAAGUUCUCCUGCAAGUUCACGGCAGACAUGCUACAGAACUGCUCGGGCCUGGCAGACCCCGACUUCGGCUUUGAAGAAGGAAAGCCAUGUUUUAUUAUUAAAAUUAACAGGAUCGUCAAGUUCCUCCCAAGCAAUGGCUCGGCCCCCAGAGUGGACUGCGCCUUCCUGGACCAGCCCCAGGAGCUCGGCCAGCCGCUGCAGGUCGCGUACUACCCUCCCAACGGCACCUUCAGUCUGCACUACUUCCCUUACUACGGGAAGAAAGCCCAGCCCCACUACAGCAACCCUCUGGUGGCAGCAAAGCUCCUCAACAUCCCCAGGAACGCUCAGGUGGCCAUCGUGUGCAAGGUCAUGGCGGAGCACGUGACCUUUGACAACCCCCAUGACCCGUAUGAAGGGAAAGUGGAGUUCAAACUCAAGAUUGAGAAGUGAACAGGGCGCAGGGGUCCUGGGCCCAGCCUGCGGGGUCGCUCACGGAUGGCCUCCCUGCUGAACCAUCCCAAAAGCGGGGUCGCUCACAGAUGCCCUCCCUGCCGAACCAUCCCAAAAACGAUGUAGAGCAGCGACGGUGUUGUCAGUGUGGGAACUCCAGACAAGCACCUACAUGCGAAGGGCCUGCCUGCGAGUAUCCGUUCUUCCUCACUGAAUUCUUACCGUUUUUAGAUGGAAUUUGCUGCUCUAAGAAUGUCCAGCUAACACGGGAACGCCAAGGCAGCAACCAGCUGAUUAAGCAGAUCGUAAAUCAGUUCGCCUUUUCCUAUGUAGACGUUCACUUUCUUACUAUAAUUUAUUUUCUAUACUUCAAUAUGAACCGCCCCCACAUUAAUAUAAAAACCACUGAUACACUGAUGUGAAACACGGCUUCCACUAGUGACAUUCUGAGUUCUUGCUUUUAAAAUUGCAAUUCCUACGUUGUAAAAUAAAACAUAUUAAAGUUAAUGUAUGUAAAAGAAAAAUGUGUUUCCUGAUAAUGGGAGAAAAAUUAACUAAAAAACAAAUCCUUCCU